GGCUGUUCAGCCUCUUGUACCUUCCCUCGUUGCUGCGAGGCCCCUGCAGUUCCUUUUCCUCCCCAGUCCCCUCCUAUCUGCUCUUUCCUCUACUCUUGUCAGAUUUCCCCCCCAGUCCAGACCAGAAAGACCCCAGUACAGGCGGAGCAGCUCUGCGUGGAGUUCUAGAAAAAGAAAAAACGUACCCAAAGGAACAAAAAACCAGCACCAUGAAGACCGCGGCCGCACAAUGGUGGCUCUUAUCUGUUUUCCUGCUUGUCAGCUCCGAGAGCGAGAUCACAACAGACGACUUCUCGGAGACCCAGAACAAAGCGCUCGGACUGAUCCUGGAGCAUUUCCAUAACAAAGACCAUAUCAGGAGUGGGUUUAAAGUGACCGACAUCAGGAAAACCGUAGAAAUAGAUUACGGUUUUGGAACUUUUGUGAACUUGGAGUUUUCACUGAAACAGACGACUUGUCCUAAACGUCAUUGGACUCAUACUGACUGUGAGCUGGUGAAGUCUGGGAGGACAUUUAACUGCUUCGCCUGCUUCAAGUUUAGUUACAGUUCCGAUAAGAUUGUGUCUCAGCUCAUCGACUGCGUUGGCGCUCAUCAGGUGGACGCGAAGAGAACCAGCCGGAGGAACCAGUCCUGCAAGGAAGUGGAGCUGAAGAAAGGAUCCGGGAAACCUGGGACUUACAGUUUUCUGACCUCUCAGACAGUUUGAUUCAGACAGACAAUCCUCUGUGGGACCCCAAUGUACGGGAGGGAAGACGCCACGUACUCCAUAUUGUAUAUACCAUGCUACCUAACACGAACAUAUAUACUGUACACCGAGCUGGAGAGGAGCCAAGAGUCAUUGACCGAACCCGAGAGAAGCGAGGUUCAUGAGGAGAUGACGAGAAGAUGACGAGGGGACAACUGUGGUCUUUAUAUUAAGUCUGCAUUGAAAUAAUGUACACACUGGACGUAAUAAACUAUUGUGAAAUAUAAUAAAUCAUAUCAGAGAAA